AAAACAGUGUGAAGUGAUGUGAUUAUGUCAUGCUGCUCGCAUGCCCACCCGUCACACCCGCCACAUACAUACCUCUCUCCUUCUAUUCUAUGCCAACGCCAGCCACUGAUAAGGAGCAGCAUGCAGCCAGCGUUCCUCUUAGGAGUUUGCAGGGGAAAGAGAGGGGCAGCAUGACCAGGCUGAGGAGGAGCAGUGUAAUUGCAGUGAAUUUUGAAAGGAACAUUGUUCUCUGAUCAAGCCAACUAAAGACGUCCUUUCUUACGCCUCUGGAGAGUUAACAAAAGCCGUUUUUAUUUAGAGGAUAGGAGUAACCUGUAACAAAGUUGUUACUCUUCGAAGAAAUGAAGCACAAAAGAGAGAAAACACUUCAGUGCUCAGAGUGUGACUUACGCUGUGCAGCUAAAACACAUCUUCUCAUUCAUCAGAGGAUUCACACAGGAGAGAAACCAUAUCUGUGCUCUGUGUGUGACAAACGCUUUACACAUAAAUCACAGCUUGUCAUACAUCAGAUGAGUCACACAGGAGAGCAACCAUUUACAUGCUCUGAGUGUAGCAAGUGUUUUUCCCGGAAGCGGAGUCUUGUUAGACAUCACAUGGUUCACACAGGAGAGAAACCAUUUAAAUGCUCUGAAUGCAGCAAGUGUUUUACCUCUAAGCGACAGCUUGUUACACAUCAGAGGCAUCAUACAGGAGAGAAACCAUUUAAAUGCUCUGACUGCAGCAAGUGUUAUGCCUCAAAGCAAAUUCUUGUUAUUCAUCAGAGGACUCACACAGGGGAAAAGCCAUUAGCAUGCUCUGAAUGCAGCAAAUGCUUUUCCCAGAAGUCACAUCUUGUUUGUCAUCAGAGGACUCACACAGGGGAGAAGCCAUUUGCAUGCUCUGAAUGCAGCAAAUGCUUUUCCCAGAAGUCACAGCUUGAUAAACAUCAGAUGAUUCACACAGGAGAGAAACCAUUUAAAUGCUCUGAAUGCAGCAAAUAUUUUUCCCAGAUGUCACAGCUUGUUGGUCAUCAGAGAAGUCACACAAGAGAGAAACCAUUUACAUGCUCUCAAUGUAGCAAGUGUUUUUCCAAAAAGACAAAUCUUGUCAGUCAUCAGAGGGUUCAUACAGGAGAGAAACCAUUUGUAUGUUCUGAAUGCAGCAGGUGUUUUUCAGAGAAGUCAAAUCUUGUUAGACAUAAGAAGUGCCACACAGGUGAGAAGCACUUUAAAUGUUGAGUGCAGCAAGUGUUUUACCAAGAAGAAAACAUUUAAUACACAAGGAAUCACUCAAAUGCUUAGAACGUGACACAUGUUUCAUAAGUUAACCUGUAUUAUGUCAGUGGGCCUGAUUCUGAGAUGGAAGCAUAGAAUGAGAAAGCAAAUAACUUUGCACCUAGACAAACCCAUGUUGCAAUGCAAAGGGUGCAAAUACAUUUGUUAUUUUUGCCAUGGUUCAAGUUCCUUUUUUUUUUUCCCCCGCUGUACUUUAUGCUCUGAAUUUUCUCCAAUAUGCCUUAGAGAAAGGCAAAUAAAAUGUUUGUAAUAGUGAUUUUUUUUAAUAGAAUCUCAAGUAGGUACUGGGAGGAGUUAGGUAUGCCGCCAGUCAGCAUACCUUCGCCGGUAUCCUGGCAGCGGAAUGCCGACGGGGGGGAGUGCAAGAAGCCCCUUACGGGCACUCACAAGUGAGAAUAGUCCCUGUUGGUCGGCAUGCCGACCGUCUGGAUUUUUGGCGGGUAAGAUGUCGGGUGAGGUGUUGUGACCGCCGGUCACUACAUCCAGCUGGGAGUAGUAGAGGAACGCUUUCUGUCCAGUAGAGUGUUCCAGCAGCUCCUCUCAAUACUGGGAUUCUAUCCAUUACAGGCAGAGCUAUAAGUACUGGUUAUUUCUAUAGGAACUCUGUAUGUGUCUCUCUUUCACCAUAUGUGUUAUAUUUAAUAAACCAUUAUUCAAAGCUUUCAAUACUUAGUGCCUAACCCCUGCUGGAUAUUAAAGGUCAGUAGUACUACACAUAAAA